AUGGCGUUGAGCGGCUUGGCGAAAACCGAGUCCAGACCUAAACUCCGUCCCGAACGUAAAAAAACCAACACCGAACAAAGAAGACCGGCUAUUGUCGUGGGUAAUCAAUUCGGUCUCGGACUCAAGUUCGGCACAGACGGGGCCUUGCGCAUCAAGCGAGGAACCGAGUCGGCGGAGAGGGAGAACGGACGUGCAAAGGGCUCUUCCCCGGGAAUGCAAGAAGUGCGCGGCAGGUAA